CUGAACCUCGCCUCUCCCCUUUUCUACGUAGCCGGGGGUGGGCUGCAGCUCGGCCAGCCCCGUCCCCUCCAGUAUGUGUGUGUGUGCGCGCACCAGGCGCCGCCGCACUCUGUUAGUCCCUGACUGUUUGGCGGAGAGCACUUCGGCACCACUCCACCACCGUCCAACUCUGACCAAACUUUCUCCGUGUCUCGGCACGGCUUCUCCGCCCCACGCCAGCCUCCCAUGGAGGGUCCCGUGCGGAUCUACCGCGGGAAGGAUGCGCGUUCCAGCGUGGCCCCCGUCGCCGCGGCUGAGCCGCCACUGUGAAGCAGAGGGCUCCUCUGGCCACAUCGCUCUCCUGCUGCGGCCCCCGUUUGUGUGGCAGAUGCGCUGUGAUGGGUCCUCUUUCGCUCAUCCUUCCUGGAUUUGUCUGGCUGCUCUUCGCCGGCUGGGUUUCCUGCUCAGAAGUUUCUCCUCACUUCCUCCUGGAGCCCCUAUCCACCUCCCAGAAGCUUGGCGGUCCAGUCGAGCUUCAGUGUGCUGUGGAGCCUGCCUCGUUCCCACUUUCCUGGCUGUUUAAUGGUCAGCCGCUGGUGGGGCAGCUCCUCUCCGGAGUUGAGGUCUCGCAGGGACGACUGUCCAUUCCGUCUCUACAGCCCCACCAUGUCGGACGAUACCAGUGCCUGGCUGGUGAUGCCACAGCAGCUUUGGUCAGCAGGAAUUCCUACAUCUCCAUUGCCGAUCUGUCUGAAUUUGAGGAGCUGCCUCAGAGAUCAUUAACGGUCGAGGAAGGCGGCACUGCCCGCAUUGGGUGUCAUCUGCCACACAGCGUCCCCGCAGCCCAGGCUCGCUUCCGCUUUCGAGGAAAGUGGCUGGAACCCGAGGCAGAUAAAUACAUCAUUCUGCCUUCUGGCAGCCUGCAGAUCCUGUCCGUGUCGUCCCAGGACCAGGGAGUCUACAAGUGUGGAGCCUUUAACUCAGUGACUCGAGAGCUCAAGGUGGAACGACAUGGCACCCGGCUCAGUGUCCAAGGCCGGCAGCGGGACUCUCCUCUCCGGAUUCUGCACCCCACCUCUACCCAAGUUGUCACGCCACUUCUCUCGGACUCUCUGACCCUGGAGUGCGUCACUGCUGGCGGCUCUCCCACCACUGUGCGAUGGACCCGUGGAGGACGGGAACUUCCCGAGACAGGUCGCCGGCGGAUCCAUCAUGGAAACCUGCAGUGGGACAGCUUGAGGGAGACCGAUACGGGGGAAUACCAGUGUGUCGCCGAGUCGGAGGCUGGUGAGACUCAGACAGCCAGUUACACCAUGCAAGUCUUGGAGCCCACCUCACUGCUGCGUCCACUUGCAGACCAGACUGUGCCCCUGAAAUCAACGGCCCGCUUUACCUGUAUGGCUGCAGGUGACCCAGUACCCAAUGUCACGUGGUUGCACAAUGGUGUGCCUCUCCAUCCAUCUCCACGAUACCAGCUUUCUAAGACUCGACUUCGCAUCCUUUCUGUCGAGGUGGCUGAUGGUGGUCUUUACCAGUGCUUAGCGGACAAUGGCUUGGGUUCAGUACAGUCCAGUGCCCAACUGAUUGUCGAGUCGGGCCCCGCCUCUAAGCCGGUCAUUUCUCUGCAUCCGUCGGACGUGAAGGUCUCUGAGGGAGACUUUGUUUCCCUUUCCUGUAACGCCACUGGUCACCCACCCCCUCUGAUUCGAUGGUAUGAUUCUCAAGGGCCAAUCAGCAGCCACCCUUCCCUCCUGCUCCUCUCCCAGGCUCCUCACGACUCUGCGAAGACCUCUGCAGGUGAAACGCUUCAUGUGGCAAUGUCCAGGGCUGGCACCAGUUUGUUGUACAUUCAGGCGGCCACUCAGUGGCACUCGGGCAAAUACGUGUGUGAAGGCACCAACGAGAUGGGCAGCGUGCAGGCUGAAGCCUUUAUUUCUGUGGCACCCCUUGAAAGCACCACCCUAUCUUCUGCCACACCCUCGGGUGGCGUCGGCUUGGUGCAAGGUGACGAGGGUGAAGACUACAGUGAGGGUUUAGGUGAAGACAAAUCCACGUCCCCUACAACCAGGAGCAGCGGUGGUGCCACUCCUGAGGCACCCAUCAUCCUCAGCGCCCCGCAGACCCACAAACCCGACACCUACGAUCUGGUGUGGCGGCCUGGACGUGACUGGGGGACUCCAAUCAACGCCUACUUUGUUCGCUAUCGCAAGCUGGAUGACAAAGGGAACAUGGUGGGAGCUUGGCACUCGGUGAGGGUGCCAGGCAGCGAGAAUGAGCUGCGACUCACCGAACUGGAUCCCUCUAGCCUCUAUGAGGUGCUCAUGGUUGCCCGCAGUGCAGCGGGCGAGGGACAACCGGCGAUGCUCACCUUCCGUACCAGUAAAGAGAGGACUUCUUCAUCCUCAAAGAAGAUCCCACAAGUUCCUUCCAUUCCCGCCAGCGUGCCAAAGCGGCAGCCGUUGGACGAGGGGCUGCACACCAACUAUGGGGUGGUGGUUCCAGACCUGUCCCGACACAGUGGGGUACCCGAGGCUCCGGACCGCCCUACGGUUUCCAUGGCAACACAGAGUUCCGUUUACGUGACUUGGAUCCCGAGGGCUAAUGGCGGUUCUCCCAUCACUGCCUUUCGGGUGGAGUACCGCCGCCUGGGCCGCAACUCUGACUGGAUGGUAGCAGCUGACAACAUCCCACCCUCCAAGUUGUCAGUGGAAGUGAAGAACCUAGAGGCAGGGUCUGCCUACAAGUUCCGCGUGAGUGCGAUAAACAUGUAUGGGGAGAGUCCACACAGUGCUGCCUCGCGCCCUUAUCAAGUGGCAGGUUUCAGCAACAGGGUCUCCAACCGGCCGAUUGCAGGACCACGCAUUGACAACACCGAGGCCAUCAGUGACACCCAGAUCAUGCUGAGAUGGACAUACACGCCGUCAAGCAACAAUAACACUCCGAUCCAGGGCUUCUACAUCUACUACCGGCCCACCGACAGUGACAACGACAGCGACUACAAGAAGGACAUUGUCCAAGGGACCAAACACUGGCACCUCAUCAGCCAGCUGCAGCCAGAGACUUCAUACGACAUCAAGAUGCAGUGCUUCAAUGAGGGUGGCGAGAGCGAGUUCAGCAACGUCAUGAUCUGUGAGACCAAGGUGAAGCGGGCCCCUGGUGCCUCGGACUUCCCCGUCGUCCUACCUGAUGACCUGGUGACUCCGUCAAACCCCCUGGAACGUGGAGUAGGUAGUGGCUCCCAUAGUCCUGUGCUGCACAGUAGAGACACCCUGUACUUGAUUGUGGGCUGCAUGCUUGGCCUGAUGGUGCUCAUCCUUGUUGUGUUCAUCUGCAUCUGCCUGUGGAAGAGCCGCCAGCAGCACACACAACAAAAGUAUGACCCCCCAGGGUACCUGUAUCAGGGGGCAGAGAUGAAUGGCCACAUGGAGUACACCACACUGCCCGGCACCAGUUUGAUUAAUGGUGGUGUUCACAGCAGCUACGUGUCCAAUGGCUCUCUCUGCAAUGGUUGCCCGCAUCUGCACCACAAAGUGUCUGGAGCAGGAACAGCUACUCUCAAUGGCGGUACAGGCUGCCCAUGUUAUGAGAUGUCCCUCGGCUACGAGCACACCACACCACACCUUCGAAAUGGAGGUGGGAUGUAUAAAGCUUUACCCCAGAUGGAUCCCUCGGAGUGUGUUAACUGUCGAAACUGUCGCAACAACAACAGAUGUUUCUCCAAGUCCAACUACAGCCUCCCUGUUGUUCACAGAGUGUCGCCGUGCCGGCAGGACAGUCUGGAGAUGGUGCCUUUGAACCACGCGCCUUCGACCCCUCGCUGCGACUCCAGCUCGGUCAGUGAGGGCCAUGGAGACUCUGGUGAUGGGGUAAAGGGAGUUCAUGUUCCCGCAUCCUCCACGGAACUGCCUUGCACUUUCUCCAGUGAGCCAAACGAACUGCAUGCCUGCUGCCAGCUUGGGGAUGUGCAGGCAGCGCCUCAAGGCGAAGAGCAGCCAGAGCAAAGCCUGACCCCAGAAUUGGAGGGCUCCAGUUUGUGUUGGGAUGCGCUGGUUUUCUCCCCAUUGGACUCUGAAGAGACGGCCGCCUGGACGUCGGAGUGCUCGACGCUGGGCGGCUGUGCUAUGGACAACUGUGCUGGAGUGUUCAGACGGACACAGCUACAGGACUCCUGAGCACAUUUAUUUAUUUUUAUUUUUUAGUAGUGAAAUAUUUGAUAUGAAUGUAUCAGUUUCAAAAGAGUUUUUGCCUAUUAUAUUAUUAUUAUUAUUAUAUUAUAAUUAUUUAUGCUUUCUGAUGAAAAUGUCUCCACGGAGAGGGGACACGGGCCGUUGUGUGUGUAUAAAGGUAUGAAAUAAUAUAAAAGACGCAGGACUUUUCUUCUGAGCUUAUCACUAGAGAGAGAGAGAGAGAGAGAGAGAGAGAGAGAGAGUGUGUGUUUGUGUGUGUGUUUGCUGAACCGUCUUUUCUCUUUUGUAAAAACUGACCACCCAGUGUCUCUUGCCCACCUUUGCAUAUUUUUACUUUUGAGGCAUACUUUGCUUCUCACUCCUGGGUUUGUUUGGGAUCCCCCCUUCUUCCUCGUACCCUUAUUUCUCAUCCUGAGCUUAUUGGACAUUUCAGCACUUGCCGCUUCUGCUGCCCCCUCUUUAACCCCCCCCCCCCAUUUCUAGCAUCUUCUAUUUUACUCUUGUCACCUUGUGCCUGCUUGUUUCCAAGCUUUAUUGGAUUAUGUGGCCCCCUAGUGGCUAACGUGAUGAACUGUAAGCCUAAAAUAACACGUUUUUCAGCGCCUCUCGUAUUAUAACACUAAGUACUCAAACAUUUUAGGACGUGUGGUCCUAAAAAUGUGCACUUCGUUGUAAACUCUAAACACGUAUAUACCAAGUCACAUGGGGGGGGGCGCUGUGCUUUAAUUAGAAUAAACUUUUCUGGCCCCCUAGUAAAAUGCCCGCCCGGUUGCUGCUAUCCGCAUAUCGGGUAAUUUAACUUUUGAUUUAAAAUCAAGGUGAAUGUUUUAGCCCCAAUUAGUUUGCGAGUAAUAUAUAUAAUCGAUGGUCACAUCUGCUUAAACCACUUCAGGGUCAUGACAGGCUGGAGUCAAUCCUGAUAGCACUGGGCAGGGUGCCAGUCCAUUGCAGGACUUGCUCACACAGCUGAUCGCCACUUGCAAUUCUAAGCUACGGUGACAACAACUAGCGAUUCAGGCCUGUUUAUUGUCACCUCCAUCAUCCGCUCUCCGUGUGGCUGCUUUCCAUUUGCUGUUUUUAUUUUUCUUCUCACGUUCUGAUGCCAGCCCAGUUUGUCAUGGCCCUCCUUUUAAUCUUCUAGAUGCACACACCUUUGUUGGCAAUUUGUGACCUCUUGUCAUCUGCCCCGCUUUUUAUUGCCCAUUCUGUGUUGGUGUGUGUAUAUGUGUGUGUGCCAGCCUGUGCCCAUCCUGCCGGGCGCUGACGCCUCUGGUAACCCUGGGCACCUCUACGAGUGACGUUUGCACCCCUUCUACCACCAGUGCUUAGCUUUUUGUUGAUUUCUUCCUUACCAAGAGUGAGUCUGUGUACAGUUUUGUGGACUUUUGUAUUUGUGACAAUCCUGCAAUGUAAAGAGAAAGAGAAAGUUAUUUUUCUAUUUGAAAGUUUUCUAGUCUACAGUCUCUGCCAGAAGUCCUGGUUUAUUUAUUCUCCGUUGUUUUUUUAUAUAUUUUUUUUUCUCCUGUAUUCUGCUUCAUACUUGCCGGCUCUCCUGUGUUGUGUAGUCUCUGAUGCUUGAGCGACCCAAUGGUGGACCCCCACCCCACCCAACAAAGGCAAAGCCUUACCUACCGAGCGGUCGCCCACGGAGCUCGGGUCUCUUUCACUAUGUAAAUAUUUACAGCGCCGCCGCUCAGGGCUCGGCUCCCGGAUGUAUUCAGUUCAUAAUAAACCUGCACUUCCUUCUG